CUUUCGGGACAGCGUCGUCUGAGGAUGCACAACCUCGCCCUCUCCACCUCCGCCAACGCCUCGGACAUCUUCCGUCUGGCCGACCUCGACACCUACAUGAACUGGCUCAGCAAGACCUGUCUACAGGCCACUUUAACACGAAACACCGCCCAGAUAGUGGCUGAUGUUACCGCCAAGGUGGCUCACACCCUGACCGGUUAUCGUCGCCUCUGCACCGGCGGUGCUCAGGGUGCCAACCCCGGCGAACUGGUAUUGCCGGAAACCAUCAAACUACUGCCCCUCUACGCCCAAUGCCUCUUCAAGUUGGACGCCAUUCGGCCGGCUCGCAACUCCACCAUUGACGAUCGGUGCUAUAUGAUGUAUCUACUCAACGGUAUGGGAGUGGAGCAAUCCAAUAAACUAAUUUACCCUACCAUAAUACCUCUGCACUCUGGCAGUCUGGAUCCUUCAGCGCAACUGCCGGUGGCCAUUCGCUGCUCCGCCGAACGCCUUCUUCCGGACUCGGCCUACUUUAUCCACAACGGCUUGAGGGUCACUCGCCAAGGUGACCUCUCGGAAGCCUGGGUAAAGCGUCUCAUGUAUGAGGACCGGGAUGAUUGCGGCAAUGCCACCUACGUGGAAUACCUCUGUCAUAUUCACAAGGAGGUGCGCUCGAUGUUGAAGUAG